GUCGAAACCCUAGCCCCGCCUCACCGCCGGCGGUGGUGGCAGCCUCAGCACCGGCACACAGCCCGCCGUACCUCUCCUCGUACGCUCCCUUCCGGUGUGCCGUCGCCCCCUCGACCGGUCCAUCGUUCGUCGGCUCGGUAGCCGCCGGAUCGGAUCGGGAUCGGCCGGCGCCAUGUCCAAGGCCAGGGUCUACACCGACGUCAACGUGCUGCGCCCCAAGGAGUACUGGGACUACGAGGCGCUCACCGUUCAAUGGGGUGAGCAGGAUAACUAUGAAGUUGUUAGGAAAGUUGGGAGAGGGAAAUACAGUGAAGUCUUUGAGGGUAUUAAUGUUAACAAUAAUGAGAAAUGCAUCAUUAAGAUCCUCAAGCCUGUGAAGAAAAAGAAGAUCAAAAGAGAAAUUAAAAUUCUUCAGAAUCUUUAUGGAGGCCCUAACAUUGUGAAGCUGCUUGAUAUUGUUAGAGAUCAGCAUUCAAAAACACCAAGCUUGAUCUUUGAGUAUGUCAACAACACAGAUUUCAAAGUGUUGUACCCGACACUAACAGAUUAUGACAUUCGAUAUUACAUCUAUGAGUUACUCAAGGCAUUAGAUUACUGCCAUUCACAAGGUAUUAUGCACCGAGAUGUGAAGCCCCACAAUGUUAUGAUAGAUCAUGAGCUUCGGAAACUCCGGCUGAUAGACUGGGGCCUUGCUGAAUUCUAUCAUCCUGGCAAGGAAUAUAAUGUCCGUGUUGCCUCCAGGUACUUCAAGGGUCCUGAGCUUCUUGUUGACUUGCAAGAUUAUGAUUACUCUCUGGACAUGUGGAGUCUGGGCUGCAUGUUUGCUGGAAUGAUUUUUCGUAAGGAGCCAUUUUUUUACGGUCAUGACAACCAUGAUCAACUUGUUAAGAUAGCCAAGGUACUUGGAACAGAUGGGCUGAAUGUCUAUUUGAACAAGUACAGAAUUGAGCUUGACCCUCAGCUCGAAGCCCUUGUUGGAAGGCAUAGCAGGAAACCCUGGACAAAGUUUAUUAAUGCAGACAACCAACACCUAGUGUCUCAUGAGGCCAUAGAUUUCCUCGACAAGCUUUUGCGUUAUGAUCAUCAGGACAGGCUUACUGCACGUGAAGCUAUGACACACCCAUACUUCCAACAAGUGAGGGCUGCAGAGAACAGCAGGACGCGGGCAUGAGAGGCCAAAGACCAAAGAGGCAAAGACUGGUGCUAACCGUGGAUCAGAUCAUCUGCUCUUGGUGGAGCCAUGCUCUUACCAGUGAUGAAUAGUGGUUUGGGGGUUUACUUGGCAAAAACAAACAGUAGCUAUGGCGCCUGUUGUACCCUUAACCGCGUCGAGACGUGACUGAAUUACUCAGGUCAUCGGCUUGUGGGACGUGAUUGCGAACGAGAUUAUUCAUGUAAGAUGUUUGUCAUAAAAGGUCGUCGUUGGCUGAUUGUGCUGUUUGUAUUGUUGAGCUAGUAAAGAAUAUCCAAAAUUUGUUUGGACUUCAUCGAGCUCUCCAGGUUUAUUUUCUCGUAAUCUCUAUGGAAAUUACCG